CCCCAUCUAUAAAAGCUGCUCAAAUUCUUCUUUUUAAUUACUCAUUAAGCUUCAGACAUCUUUAGUUCUUUCCCAACGAAAAAAAAAGAACUCAAAUGUCUAAGCAAUGGAUGAACCUAGUUGGAGCAUUAUGGUUACAGUCUAUGGCUGGAACAAACACAAAUUUCCCAGCUUAUUCUUCUCAAAUAAAAAAACUCCUAUCCAUAUCCCAAGUUCAACUCAACAACUUAGCUUUUGCUUCUGAUGCUGGAAAAUUACUCGGUUGGUUUGCUGGAAUUGCAGCUAAUUAUUUACCCCUUUGGCUAGUUCUUUUAAUUGGUUCAUCACUAGGAUUAAUUGGCUAUGGGGUGCAAUAUCUUUUUCUUACAAAUCACAUACACUCUUUAUCCUAUUGGCAUGUUUUUUCACUCACUUUUUUGGCUGGCAACAGCAUUUGUUGGAUCAAUACUGUUUCUUACAUAGUAUCGAUUCAGAAUUUCCCGUUGGAUAGACAAGUUGCUGUUGGAAUAUCGACUAGUUACAUAAGUUUAAGUGCCAAGAUUAUUACAGACAUAGUUGAUGUUAUUAACGUUUCCACCCCGAGUGACAGGGCUAAAACUUAUCUCCUUUUAAACUCUGUUUUGCCCCUAUUUUUUGCGAUUAUUGUUGCACCACUAAUUCGUGAGACUAAGGUUGAAAAAUCAAGAAAAUUAUCAGCUGGAUUUCGAGUGAUGUUCGUUAUAACGCUGGCAACGGGGACUUUUGCUGUGAUCACUAGCAUGGGGCCCGCGAAUUCGAAAUUGUUACCAAGAUUGUUGAUUUUAAUGGGAAUGGGGAUUUUUUUAGUACUUCCAAUAUUGGUCCCAUUGAGUGAAAGAAUCAAAGAACAUUGGCAUGGAAAAUGUUGGAUAAGGAGAGAUCCAAGAAUUUGUGAUUUAAGUAAUUUGGAGGAAGAAAUUAGAACACCACAAGAGGAGAUUAAUUAUGGGGCUAAUAAAGAGGAUAAUGAUGUUGGAUUUGCUGUAAUGGAGGAAAUUGGAGCAAAAAAAAUGUUGAUGAGAGUGGAUUUCUGGUUGUAUUUCUUUGUAUACUUAUUUGGUGCAACAUUGGGUUUGGUUUAUUUGAAUAAUUUGGGACAAAUUGCUGAUACUCGUGGAUGCACUGCCACUUCUUCAUUGGUUUCAUUAUCAUCUUCAUUUGGUUUCUUUGGUCGCCUUCUUCCUUCACUCUUCGACUAUCUCUUCUCCAGGAGUAAAUAUGCAAUAUCAAGACCAGCUACCAUAGCAGUGAUACUAGCCCCAAUGACAGGAGCUUUCUUUUUGCUACUCAACAGUAGUCACAUUGCUCUCUAUAUCAGCACAGCUAUAGUUGGGAUUUGCACAGGAGCCAUUACUUCUAUUUCUGUUUCGCAAACCACUGAGCUUUUUGGGACCAAGAAUUUUGGUGUUAAUCACAAUAUUGUGGUGGCUAAUAUCCCAAUUGGUUCAUUUUUAUUUGGGGACUUAGCAGCUAUGCUCUACAGAAGACAAGAAAAUUCAACAUCAACUAAUGAUGGAAGUUGUUCGGGCAUGAAAUGUUUUCAGACAUCUUUUGUUAUAUGGGGUUGUCUUUGUUUCCUAGGAACUUGUUUGGCUUUUAUUCUUCAUACAAGAACUCAAAAAUUCUAUAGACAGUUACGUGGAGGAAAUUAAACUAGUAGGAGUUACAUAUAGUAUUAACUUAUAGAGUUACCUUAUACUAAGCUUAUUGGACAGUACAAACUGAGUUUAUGUAAUUGUUUUUUUUUAAGUACGUUAUUGUCACGUUGUUUAGUAGUUAGAUGUAACAUCCAUGUAUACCUACGUACAUAAAUUGAGAUAUGAUGUAAAAAAAAUGAUUUUCUAAACAACAAUGUACUAUGACAUAAAUGGCAUUUCGCCGAAUGAAUUUUUUUGCCGAA